UGCAGCAGCGUCGCCCCUAAGCUGAAAAACUGGCCAGCACAAUGGGAAAAAAACAGAACAAGAAGAAAGUGGAAGAGGUCUUAGAAGAAGAGGAGGAGGAGUAUGUGGUGGAGAAGGUCCUGGAUCGGCGAGUGGUAAAGGGCAAAGUGGAGUAUCUGCUGAAGUGGAAAGGCUUCUCAGAUGAAGAUAACACCUGGGAGCCGGAGGAGAACCUGGACUGCCCGGACCUCAUUGCGGAAUUCCUUCAGUCCCAAAAAACCGCACACGAGAGCGAGAAGUCUGAGGGGAGCAAACGCAAAGCAGAAUCCGACACGGAGGAUAAGGGGGAGGAGAGCAAACCAAAGAAGAAGAAGGAGGAGUCGGAGAAACCGCGAGGCUUCGCCCGGGGAUUUGAGCCAGAGCGAAUCAUCGGUGCCACGGAUUCCAGCGGGGAGCUGAUGUUCCUGAUGAAGUGGAAGAACUCGGACGAGGCCAAAAACGCCCUGGCCCCCGCAAAGGAAGCCAACAUCAAGUGCCCGCAGGUGGUCAUCUCGUUCUACGAGGAGAGGUUGACAUGGCAUUCCUACCCCUCAGAGGACGAUGACAAGAAAGAGGACAAGAACUAAACCCUGGCGCCUGCUCUUGGGCAGCCUUUGUCUAAAGAUCUGAACUGUGGGUUUGAGCGAAAGGGGGAGAACGCAGCUCUGCUCUGCUGGGAGCGUAGAGAUGGUUGGAGAAGAUGCCCUUUGAAGAGACCAGUAUGGUUUCUGUGCCCUGCAGCUGCUCAACUGCUUUAUGCAGCUUCAUGCUGUGUACAGAUUCAAACCAGCCUGGCUCAAU